AUGGCUUACUUUGGGGAAAGCCUUGUGGGGGUAGCUUUCGAAUGGUUCAUUGACCAAGAUAUCUCUCACUGGCAUAAAAAACUGACCGAAAGUUUUAGGGAGUAUGCCAUGAAUUGGAGGGAGCAAGCGGCUAGAGUUAAGCCACCCAUGGAUAACCACGAGUUGAUCACUAUUUUUCUGGAGGCUCAAGAGCCUGAUUACUUUCAGAAUAUGAUGUUCGCGAUGGGUAGACCUUUUGCAGAAGCAAUCAAAAUAGGGGAGAUGGUCGAAAAUGGCCUCAAGACUAGUAGAAUUGUAAGUCAAGCUGCUCCCAAAGCCACCACCCAAGCUGUCCAAAAUGGGUCGGGAGGUUUGGCAAAUAGAAAGAAAAGAGAUGACGGGUCCAUGAUGGCUUCGGGAUCUAGGGAGUUUCAAAGAGGGGCAUCGCACCCUUAUGUGCAACCUCCCAAUAAGCAGGUACGGGCACCAGCUCCAAGGGCCCCCCGACCUCAGCAGCAAAAUUUUUGGGGACCCUACAAUGCUCGUCCCAGGCAGGAUUAUGGUCGAGAGCAGAGGCCGGCAGAAAAAUUCACUCCAUUGGCUGAAUCAUAUUCUAGUCUAUUCCAGAAGCUGAAGCAAAUGGGCGUAAUUGGACCCAUCGCUCCCCACCAUAUGCAUCCCGAUUCGCAUGGAUUUCAAGCAAAUGCUAGAUUGACGAAUGGCGAGGACCCUCCUAACGUGACAAACAACCCGUUUCCAGCACACAAUGAUGUUCAUUUUGUGGGAAUGAUUGGCCGAGAUCGAGAAUACAAACCGGUCGGUCGAGCAAAAAUGACAGUGGGUGCAAUUCAAGAAGGAGCAGGUCUGGAAGUAAGUUCCGGCCGAGAUGUGCCAUUGAUUGUGAAAGGCGCCCAGAGCUCAAAUAAGGCAACUUUAUUUGUUCCAAAGAUCUCGAGGUUGGAAGUUCACUCCAGUGUUCCAAGCCCAAGGUUAUAUGUACUUGGAGGCCACCCCGUCAAAAGGGAGAAGCAGGGAGGUACGAAAGGUAUAACAGAGCCGAUCGUAAUCAAACCUGUCGUGCAACCCCCUGUGACCAACACAAAAACCACUCCUUGGAACUACAACAAAACUGUGAUGAGCUACAAAGGCAAGGAAAUCAUAGAGGAAGUGGGGAAAACUGGAGAUUUGACUCGAUCAGGGAGAUGUUACUCUCCAGAAGAGUUGAGGAAGGCCAAGCAAAUUAGAGAAGGCCAUUUUCCAAUAAAGAAACCAGUCACUGAAGCAGAUGCGGAAGAGUUUUUGAAAAAGAUGAAAGUUUAG